GCAUGAGUUCAAGAAGGAAUCAUCAUUUUUCAAAUAAUGCAAUCACUAUUUCAAGUGGAAUUAUAUUCUUCCUUUCAAAACCAAAUAUAGGAAUAUGCUUAUAUACCUAAAGUUUGAUUGCAUUCCCGACCGCAAACAAAGAGUGUUAUUAGGUGAGCACAUUCUUAUUGCGCUAUCAAUUGCAGUUUUAUAUGCGUGGCAGAUAGUUGUUGGCUACUCGCACCUAAGGGACGGCCGCAUCAACACUGGAUGCAAUCCUUCGUAAGGCGCAUGAAAAUAUACAGAGCAGGAAAGUCCAAUUUUUGUUUGGGAGAGCUUUAACGUUUCUCUCUCUCUCUCUCUCUCUCUCUCUCUCUCUCUCUCAUCCUUCUUUGCUUCCGCUUAGCAGAGAAGAGAAGAGAGGAGGAAGAGAAGAGGACGUUAUCCAGGUCGUCCCAGCAGCGCAAACCUGUGAAUAAAGUUUCAAGUACAAUUUGAAUUGCGCUCGGACGGAGUUGGAUUUGUUGCGGUCGGUGGUGGCAAAGAUGAUGGUAGCGAACGGUUUUGAUCUAUGGCAAAAGGACACUUUCUUCUCUGCGGCCGAGGAGGUUCAAGAAUCUGCCGACAUAAUGGAGUCUGCUUACAGGACAUGGGUAAGAGAGAGAAGAGAAGGGCUAGCAGAGGAAGAUGUGAAUGAACUUUGUAGGGAGCUGCAAACUGCUUUAGGUACUGCAAAAUGGCAGUUGGAAGAGUUUGAUAGGGCUGUAAGGUUGAGCUAUAGAAGUUGCUUCGAAGAAAAUACAACUACCAGGCAUAGACAAUUUGUUGCUGCCAUACAAAACCAAAUUUCUUGUGUUGAAGUAGCUUUAAAGGAAUAUCUUAAUGAGGAUGAUAAGGAGCCUCUCCAAUGGGUAAAUUUAGAUGAAGAAGAGCGCUCUGAUUUAGUUAUGUUUCUCAGUGGAACCUCUGGAAGCUUGCCAACUGCAAAGGACGAGUAUGUUGAGCUUGGACCUUCCAUGAAAAACUUUGCUUCCAAGAACCAAUACAAUAAAGAAGAUGUAGACCUAGAUUUCAAUUCCAUUAGCAGUCAUGUUCCUGAUGAAAUAAAAGGUUUUAAAGAUGUUGUUUCAAUUAAUAAGGAUGGAAAGUACAUCAUAGAACUAGCAGCAAAAGAAAUUCCAGUGACAAGGGAUGAUUUAAAUUGUCAAGCAGAUAAGGCAAGUGGUUCAAGAAGAACAUGGAGCUCACCAAAUUUUGGUGCUUUGAAGAUUGUAAUUGCUGAUGAAGAUGAACAGAGGAAGGCAUCGAUGUCAAGCGUUGAGGCCACACCCAAAGAAAAGGGGGCAAAACCCAUGUUCUGGAAGCAAUGGUUCAGAGGGCAUUCUCAAGCAAAAGGAGGAAUACCCAGUUACAUCCAGUUACGUGGGUUUAGUUGGAUCAAUCAGCUCUUUGGACGUGUCACUGUGUUUCAAAGACAACUACAAGGCCCACAAUACUUGCAGUUUAGUUGUUCUGUUCGGCUUAUGCUUGGUUUAAUGCUAACUAUUUUUUUAAUUGUGCCCUUUGUACUCUAUUCAACUUGAGCUAGUUAUGUUUGUUGAUCCUGAUCAACUUGCAAGGAGGUUCAUUCUGCAUUUAAAAAUGUGCAAAAUCUUCCUAUCAGAAUUUCCUGCAUUUUAAAAUAGGUUGAACUACCUCUCUUAGGUGAAGGAAUGCCACGGCCACAGGAAUAGGUUUUCUAUCCGGAUCUCCUCAAGAGUCUGCAUUUGCACGCAUACAGGUGUGCAGCUUUAAGUAUGCGAUUUAAAUGUAUGCUUCAGCAAUUAUGUAAAGUGCUCUAAUUCUUGUAUCUGUUUUUUUUUUUUUUUAAAGUGUUCAGGUACUUUAUCUUACAUUUGAAUUGCGAAAUAUAGAUCAAAACUAUUGUUUUAAAAA